CAAGAAAAGAUCAGAACCCCUUUUUCCCUCCCCUAAACCUCCCGCCCCUCUCUCUCCGCCUUCGAUUUUUCAAAUCAUUCAAUCCGAGUCGGACAGUUCCUCUCCUCUUCCGCGCUUCUUCCAGAUCUGUCUCAUGGACGCCGUAUAUACUGAUCACGAUCGCCGUUUUAGCCGUCUCAGCCUCAUCGAUUUCGCUUCCGAGGACGAUUUGCUAAUCUCUUCUCCUUCCUGCGACUUCCAUGACGCCAAUUCUUUAGGCUUUGCAAAGGAGGAUGAGGAACAGGACAAUUUUGAACGAUUAGAGACUGUGGAUUCUAACAGAAUAGAGGAAAGAACAGAUGGCUUCGAACAGAGAGAGGAUGAACCUCAAUUACUCCCAUCUUCCGAACCGGAAAGGAUCGAAAGAAAUGGGAAAUAUAACUUGCGUAAGAGUUUAGCAUGGGAUAGUGCUUUCUUAACUGGUGCAGGGUUUUUGGAUCCUGAAGAGUUAACUAGCAUGAUUGCACCAGUGGGCAGGCAUGAAAAACGUGUAUUACCCAUAAUUCCAGAAGAUGUUCUGAAAUCUUCAGAUUCAAUUUCUACAUUGGGUAGUGAAAUUAUGCCAUUGGAAAGCAUUGAGGGCAAUUUAUUCGAAGAUGUUAGGGCUUCAAUUCAGAAAUCUAGUAGAACAAUUGGGAAAUCUAACUCGAGGAUUAAAGUUGAAUCCGGGCGACAGGGAGCACUAAAACUGCCUUCUCCAGGACGGCUUGAUCUUACUUCACAAAAUAAGAUAAAGGACGGGUCUGCGUCCAGUAAGCAAAGUGAUGGGUUGCAAGGACCUGGGAGAACCACUAAGAAGAAUUCUUCACAACCACGCGAGGCACAGCAACCGAAGGCAAUGGGCAAGCUUCCUUCAAACUCAACGUUGUCCAAGAGGCCUUCACUUGCCGCCACUGCGAAUGAUAGUACUACGAGUGGUGCAGGAUCUGCAGAUGGGCAGGAUUCAGUUAGUCUUAGAUCUACUACACACAAGCUUUCCCGACUUCCAACUGCCGGCACGAGAGAGCAAAAGACUUCCUCUGAAGUUUCUAUAAGUUCAUCUAACAAGGUCGGUAAAUCUUCCUCCAAAGAUGCAAGGAUAAAAACAGAUUGUAAGGCUUCACCUUCCUCUGGUAGCACCCAGAAAACACAAUCGCGAGUUGCACCUAAGGUCAAGACUCGUAUUGGGAAUUCUCGUCUCCCUUCCUACUCGAUAUCUCAAAGUAAGCAUUCUUCAGGAAUAUCAUCUGCUAGCUCUAAAAGUGAGUGGUCGACAGAGUUGUCAUCAAAUUCCACUCAUGAACUUCAAUCUUAUAGCUCAAGAGCCAGCCUUCACUCAAUUUCGAGUAAAAGAAUCUCCGUAGACAGCGAUGCAUCUCAUGAUGGAAGUAACCCUGCUGUUGGAUCCCAUACUCAAACUACUGGCUCAAUAAAGCCUUCGGGCCUUCGAUUGCCAUCACCUAAAAUCGGGUACUUUGAUGGGGGGAAAACUUCUAUCAUAAAAUCUAAUGUGUCUGUACGUGGUGGCACGACUAAGAUUGGAGCUGGAAAUGUCAGCGGAAUUGGAGGCCAAAAUAAGACCAAGCCUUCAAAGCUUCAACCUGUUACAGUGUUGCCCAAGAGCACAACUCGUGCUGUUAGUCAGCCUAAUUUGAAUUUGAAAUCUCAUAAAACCACUGCAACUAAGAUGUCCAAAACGAAUGAACUCGACCAAGAAGUCAAGGAGCUUGGCUGUGAUGGAUCAAAUACUGAUAUGCAUAAUUCAGAUGUAUGCGCGAUUUCAAUUGCUACGAGGGAGAAGAUGAGCCUAGAAAAUGAAGCAGGAAGUAAUGCAAACGAAACGACAUCAGCGAAUACUGAUGGAGAACUUAAUGGAUUACAGAACUUCGGGACCUGAUGUUCAUGGUAUACUUCCAUUUCAGCGGAUCCUUGAAUGUGAUAAGAGAAUUUGUUCAAGAGGGUUCAAUGUAAUACCGUGGAAAGUAUUCAUUAUGAAGCCAACUGUAUGCUCUUGCAGAAGGUAAGUCGGAAUCAUGAAUAUGGUUUGGUAUCAACUCACCAAAAGAGUAUAACUGUUCUAAAGUAUUCUCGGCUUGUGAAUAUUAUCUGAUAAUGUUCAAAGGAAAGCUUCCCACCUUCUUCUGAAAACUCAAAAGUAUUCUCCUCUCACUGCUCAUUUAACUUCGGUAACUGUUGUUGACAAAGAACUUAUCAUCUCUAACUGAGGAUCUCUCUGUCUCAGCUGCGGCCUCAGAUAUGGAUCAAGUAAGACCCAUCUUGCCAUCUAAGCAGACCGUUCUUAAAACAAACAGUUCUAAUGUUGUGGCUUGUCCAGGUGUCCGUCCGUCUGGUCCAGUGUUUCCUGUUGAUAUCCCAGAUCUGGGGUUUCUGGUGGAAUGUGAAGUUCUGUUGUGCUGCAUUUGAGCAUCCGAUACCAAUUACAUGGAGACGUUGAGUGAUCUGAGUUGGUAUUGUCGUAUGUCGUCAACUGCUUGUGGGUUUUGGGAACGAGAUUGACCAGUGAUUCAAGUUGGGAUCAUCGUGUUCGUCAUGCUUGUGAGCUUUGUGAACAAGAUAGACCAGUGAUUUGAGUUGGGUAUCAUCGUGUUCUCAAUGCUUCUGAUAGCUUUGGGAACCAGAGUGACCAGUGAUUUGAGUUGGUAUCAUCGUGUUCGUUGUGCUUGUGAGCUUGGGGAACAACAGUUUUGAAAAAUGGUUGGUAUAUUUGAACCUUGUUAGUUCAUGAAUAGUACUGUAGAUGUUCCUCUUUUUAACCAUUUUGCUGAACUAAACAUUUCUUAUUUCACAGAAUGGUGUAAUUGAAUGAUAAUUUUGUAGUAGUUAAUAAAAAAUAAAUAUUACCAUGCUUA